GUUUGGAUGCGCUAUGGAACAGCUUAUCGGGCGCUGUACACGCUGUACGAAAUAACCUUUGCGGGUAACUGGCCUACGAACGUAAGGCCGGUGCUGGACCGUGCGGGUCAUGGCUUCGUGAUUUUUUUCGUCGUGUACAUCACGAUCAUUGUCUUCGCAGUUAUACGCGUGAUAUCUGCAAUUUUCUUGAAGGACACCUUGGAUGCUGCCAAUAAUGAUGCAGAACAUCUUGUCGUGGAGCGGCUGCGGAAGAAGGCGGAGUAUGUGGAGAAGCUAGAGCAAGUCUUCCACGCUAUGGACGACUCUGGGGAUGGCAUGAUCACCGAAGAGCGGCUGACGAACAUUUUGGCAAACCCAGUUGCCAAGGCUUACUUCCAAACGCUGGAUGUCGACAUUUAUGAGAGUGCGGCGCUCUUCCAUCUGUUAGACAACGGAGAUGGCGAGGUCACUUUGGAGGAGUUCAUUGAAGGCAUCAUGCGCUGCAAAGGCCAAGCGCGAGCCAUUGAUCAGGUGGCCAUGAGGGCGGACUUGAAGGCUCUUGACUUCAAGCUCUCCAAGCUGGUGCGGAUGCUAAAGAGCUCGGGCCUCAUCUCAACGCCCAGCCUCUCCCACAAGGAGAAAAGGAAUCGAGCAAAAGUCCCAAAAAUUCUCCAAGAGUCGCCUGGGCAGCUUGAUGCGAGUCGGGGGCCUUGA